CUUUGCUAUUCCCACAUGGCUGCUUCAAAACAUCGUGAAAAUGCUUGGUUUUCUUUGAAGAAUUCAAGCCGAUCUCUUUAAAAACAAAAGGAUCUUAAACUAGCCUGUUAAUAUAAGUAACGAUGAGAAAUCUCGAGGUUUUACGAUGCAUUCCAGUGACAGAGAUAGAUGGUAGUGAAGGAUCAUCAUGUUUGACUGUUGACUGUGAUACAGGGAGUGUUUAUACUGCUACUGCUACGAAUAUUAUAGGAUUCAAUCCAAGUACCCAACAGGUGGAAUCUAAUGUAUCACUAGUAACAGAUGAGUAUUUACCUGAUGAUGGUAGUGGUCAAGUCAUUGGCAUUCAACACUUACCUGAUAUUCAGUCAGUCUGUGUUGCUACUCUGGCAGGAGAUGUCAUAUUAUGCAACACUAAUACUGAAGAGCUUGAAUGUGUUGGAAGUGUUGACAGUGGAAUAACUUGCAUGUCAUGGAGUCCUGACCAGGAACUGGUAGUCUUUUCAACUGGUGACAACACUCUUAUAAUGAUGACAAGAGAAUUUGACCCAAUAACAGAACUUUCUAUUCACACAACUGAAUUUGGAGAAGAAAAACCAAUCAAUGUUGGCUGGGGUAAAAAAGAAACCCAAUUCCAUGGAUCAGUUGGUAAACCAACGGCAGAAAAGCUUAAACCAGUGAUUGUUAACCCAGCUUUUGAAUGGGAUGACAAGCAGUGCCGUAUUAGCUGGAGAGGUGAUGGACAAUACUUUGUUGUUAGUGCCAUAGAGACAGAUACAGGGGCACGAAAACUGAGAGUAUGGAACAGAGAAGGUGUUCUGAUGACAAGCAGCGAGGAUGUCGAUGGACUUGAAUCUCCUCUUUGCUGGAAGCCUUCUGGAAGUCUCAUUGGAUCAACACAACGAAAGCCUCAUCGCCAUGAAGUGGUAUUCUUUGAGAGAAAUGGUCUGAGGCACGGAGAAUUUACCUUGCCUUUUGAUAGGAUGGAAGUUAAAGUCAAUGAAAUGCAGUGGAAUAGUGACUCCUCAGUUCUUGCUGUUUGGUUAGAAGAUAUGCCUGCUAAAGACAACUUUCCCAAGUCAUAUGUUCAGCUGUGGACAGUUAAUAACUAUCACUGGUAUCUCAAGCAGGAGAUAUGUUUUAGUGCGACACAAGAAGACAAAGUCGCAUGUUUUGUCUGGGAUCCUGAGUUUCCACUGAAACUACAUGUUAUGUGCUCUGGCGGACAGUACAUCUGUUAUGAGUGGUGUUGGUCAACUACCUACAGCCAAGGCAACUCUUCUAAUAACUUGUCUACCGUUGCUGUCAUAGAUGGAACUCGUCUGCUACUGACACCCAUGCGUCACAUGGUGGUACCUCCACCCAUGGCAGCUCAAACUGUUACCAUGCCAACAGCUGUACAAGCCGUAACAUUUGCUCCACCUCCAUUGUGUAACGACAUGGCGGUCUUGUUGUCUGAUGGCAGUCUGGCAUUAGUUGAGGGGUCACAUAAAGACGAGUUCAAGCCCUCUGGGGACCUCCCACGGGUUAUUGGUACCCAGAAGAUGGACUUUGAUGGCGUAUCAGGUCUAUGGAAAGGACCAUUAUUCCUUCAUCAUCUGACAUGGUGGAAAGAAAAGCAGCUUGUUGCAGUGGGUUGGGAUGUGAUGGAACAGAAAGACGUCCUCUGUCAGAUGGAUAUCAAUAAAGAAGAGGCGGGGAAAGCAGUGAUUACAGUCAGUCAUUCACAGCCAACAGAGGAACCAGUGCUUCGUAUGUAUAGUAAUCCUGACACUGGCUCACUAGUGAUACAGAGCUCUAAUGGGAACAUAUGGAAGUACGCCUCAGAAGUGAACGGGAUACAUUUAUCUCCAUUAUUGAGUGGUAAAGGAGAUCCCAUAUGUCUUCCUCAACCUUGUGUGCAGUUACAAACAGCAACCAUAGGAGAUGAGGAAAUCGUUCUCGGUCUGACAGAACAUGGAAGACUGUACGCCARCGAUAAAGAGGUUGCUACUAACUGCACAUCGUUCGCUGUCCACGACGAGUUUUUGAUUCUAACGACGCAUGCGCACACCUGCCGCUGUAUCAGCCUACUGAAGUCCAGCAAAGGUUUACCGGUUCUGGUGGAAGACAAGCCAUACCCGAUGGACGAGAAUGUCAGAAGGGUUGAACGAGGCUCUCGUAUAGUGGUGGCUGUGAGACAAGACACUAAACUAGUGUUACAGAUGCCACGUGGUAACCUAGAAACCAUCCACCCAAGAGCACUUGUCCUGUCGUUUCUACAGAAAUGUCUUGAUAAUUUGCAGUACAAGAACGCUUUCGUAACGAUGAGAAGACAUCGAAUUAAUCUAAAUCUUAUUUAUGAUCACAACCCUAAGCUUUUUAUGGAUAAUGUAGAGACGUUUGUCCGUCAAGUGGAAUCAGUUAACUUCAUCAAUCUGUUUUUAUCAGACCUCAAAGAGGAAGAUGUAACUACUAAGAUGUAUUCAGAUUAUUACGACACUUCAAAAACAGGCACGGCUGACGAGAAGACUAAGGUAGACYGUAUAUGUGAUGCUAUCAGAGCUGCUUUACAAACCAUCGGCCCAGAUCGGUAUAUUUUAUCAAUUCUCACGUCUUACGUCAAARAGACAAACCCAGAACUGGAUACUGUGCUUCAUAUAAUACGACACCUCAAAGAUAAACCCAUAGAAGGCGAUAAGUGUGUGACGUCAGAAGAGGCUCUAAAGUACGUCAUCUUCCUCGUGGAUGUCAAUCAAAUGUAUGACGUUGCGUUAGGGAUGUACGACUUCCAACUUGUUCUCAUGGUAGCCGAGAAAUCACAAAAGGAUCCUAAAGAAUAUCUCCCAUUUUUGAAUAAAUUACGCACCAUGGAGACGAACUAUCAGCGGUACACGAUAGACAAGUAUUUAAAGCGAUACAGUAAAGCUAUACAACAUCUCAGUAAAUGUGGUACUAAACACUUCAACGAACUCCACUCCUUAGUAGAAGAAAAAUGUUUAUUUAAAGAAGCUCUUGGGUUAUUCCCGAAGUCGAGCGAGCAACACAAGGCGAUCGCUGUGUCUUACGGUGAACAUCUGAUUACCAAGAAACAAUACGAACAAGCAGGCAUAGUAUUAGCACGUUGUGGUGCCCAUGAGCAAGCCAUGGACGCGUUUCAAAAGAAAGGCAACUGGCAGCAAGUGUUCUGCAUGGCUGCGAUACUCGGUCUUUCCCAGCAAAAAAAGAUCGAAAUUGCCAGGAGUCUGGCGGGAUAUUUGAAAGGCCAUCAUCGUCAUGCUGAAGCCGCUAGAAUAUUAGAAGACUAUGCUCUCGAUUCUGAAGAAGCUAUUGUAUCUUUAAUAGAAGGAAGUCUUUGGGACGAAGCACUUCGACUGAUUUACAAGUACAGCCGUUUGGAUAUUAUCGAGACACAUUUGAAAGUAGCUCUGAAAGAAGGUUACAGCACACAGUGUGAUUCAAUCGAACAAAACAUGGAGACGUUUACUAAAUACAAGACUCGCUUACAAGUGGUUCGCGAAACAAAGGAACGCGAACGACUAGAAAUCCUUGAAAGUGGUACAUUACGAGAUGAUACAGAUGCAGAUAUCUACUCGGACACCAGUAGUAUGACAGGAGUAUCGGGAUACGGGUCCAGUGUAGGAUCCAAAGGAACACGAUCAACAGGGAGAUCUUCAAAGAACCGUCGAAAAUUAGAGCGCAAGAAGUACAGUCUCAAAGAAGGCAGCAAGAACGAGGACCUGGCGCUCAUGUACGAGCUUGCUGAAAUCAUUACUAAAACGGACAAAUGUAAAGAGGAUAUCAGUGCUUUACUCAGAGCCUUAUCUCUGUUUGACUUCGACGACGAAGCUUCCAUUUUACAGAAAGAAUUUGCCAAGUUGGAUUCACUUAUUGAGAAAUCUUUACCAGAAAUUUGGCCGCCGAAUGCACCACAGGAAGCCCAGCCGGCUUUGUCCAUGGUAACAGGACCCGGAGCUACUGUGAACAGUAUCAUAGCAGCCAUGAACACUGGAAAUAACACAACACAACAGGCAAAGAAAGAUGAUCCAGAAAUUCCCAAAAUGCCAGUCAUCAGGAAAGAUUUUCAAUGGCAAAUGGACCAAUAUCAGACAUAAAAUGGUUUGCAACACAUUUUCGACUCUAAAUUUUAAAAAAAAACCCUGAAAUAUGACUUAAUAAAAAUGUAAAUUUCAAGAAAUUUUGUUUCGAGCUGCUGUUUCUCCGAUACCACAUAAAAACGAAAGAACAAUUUUUGAGACGAUCCCAUAGUGCAUUGCUGUUCUCGACGCAACGCUCAAAAUGUGUCAAACAGGCUUCUCUCAGCUUCACUCAGCCAAAAAAAAUUAGCCAAUUAGUGAACUCUGUUUGUAGCUCAAUAUAUGCUAGUUUCAGGUUUUCAGCUCGAUAAAUAAUAGCUUUUACUCGAAAAUAAAGAAAAUAAAACUCAUCAUUAGAAGA